AUGAACGAUCCGUGGGAUGUCAAAUGUGUCCGACAAUCUGGCCAAUAUGUGUCGUGUAUUAAAUUAAAUGGUGUACCCCUUCUACCACCGGUUCUCUCCAAGGAAUGUCGCAAAGAAAUGCAGUAUUAUAAACUAUUGGCAAUAGAAGUUGAGAAAAGAAUUCAAGCACUAAAAAAAUUUUUACUUGAAAGUGAUGACACAGAGUCUGCUGAAGACAAGACAGAUGCGCCUGAACGUCCUGAGUCGGAACAAAAUGAUAAUUCACCCAAUGAUAAAAAAGAUUUCAAUUCUAAUUCAAUUAUCACAAAAGAUCUGGAAAGAAGUACCCUACAGGUAGAAACUCCAGUCACAGAAUUAGAGAGUUUAUCUAAGACCCCCUCAAAGUUUACAAUAGACCUAAGUUUAAGCAUUAAUGAAAAAUAUGGUUUCCAAGACACAAAUUCUAUUGAAGUUCCAGUCAGAGACUGUGAAUGUUCUAACGAAAUGGCAAAUAAUGAAUCUAAGAUUGAUUCUUCUAAAGAAGUUGAGGAUAAAAUUGUCUUUAGUGUCAGUGUAAAGAAAGAAGAAUUAACUGAACCCCUUUCCAAUCAUCUUUAUGAAGAUGAUCCUCCAUCUCUUACUGCAAAAAGUUUUACAGGCUCUUUGAACAAUAUUCAUACAGAUAGUAAAGGUUAUGAAAGCAUUCCGCUAUCUCGCCAAAGAUCUUACACAAUUUUAACACCCAGUCCUAUGCUGCUUGCACAUUUAGAAGUCCAGUCUUUGAACACUGGAGUUGAAAUAAAUUCUAUAUCUAUGAGUGAGUCCACAUCUAACCUAUAUUCUCCUAAUAAAAAGCGAAGAAGUUGGGACUUGGAAUCUGCAAAAGUAAAGUGGUCAUCUAUGGCACUUGAAUUAAAGCAAAAGAAUAUAGACAUAGCUAGUAAAAACCAGAAAGCUAUUACAAAACCAGCUAAAAAGACACCACCCUCUGCAUCAACACACUUAAGAGCACGGUCUCUUGCCCGGGAAAGUACAAAACGAAUUACUAAUACCUAUAAUACUCCAAACAAAUCGGAACCCAUAACAAAACCAAAGAAAAGUCAAAGUCCAGUACGAAACACCACAAUGAUUGGUAAGAUUAGUAAGACUCCAGUUAUGAAUGUGAAUCCUAAAGAAAUAGAAAAGAAACAAACAUCACCAAAACCACCUGUAUCGGAGUCGGAAGACCCCGCAACUAGGGUCAGAGAACUUUAUGAAAAAAUACAAAAGCAGCAGCUUGCCCAAAUGGCUACUUUAGUGGAAAAACAAAAAAAAGAGCAAAUGCUUCUGCAACAAGUUUUUGAAGAGCAGAACAACAUGUUAUAUAAUCAACUCCAGACUAUUUGCCCAAAACCCCCAAACAAUGUUAAGGAAGCAUGGGUUGAGAAAUCAGACAGGGGCCCUGUUAGUUUGAACCAAUUAAUCAAUCAUAAAAGAUCAGACUCUUGUGAAAGUCCCGUCCAAUCCACUAUUACAGAUACUAAUACCUAUUUAAAUCGUUGUGAUAAUGUUCUUAAAAAGUCAAGAGAUAUAACAUCAAGUAUAAAUAAAGGAAAGGUCAGUCAGGUCAAUGAAAAAAGCCCACCGAAACCGACACAGAGCGUAAAAAGAAGCCAGUCCCCUGUACGUAGAAAUGGAACUUCGAGAAAGCUAACGUACGACACGUCUUCUGAUCGUGAAUAUGAACUAAUUUUAACCGACCGUACGAACGAUACGAUGGCAGAUUUAAAUGUGACUUUUCCGUCUGACAAUAGUGACGAAUGCCCUUACACUCCACCGAAAAAUACUAAAACUAACCGCAAGAACGUUAGCCCUACAGCGAUGCCUCUUGCGGAACCUUGCAAGUCCACCGACAGAGCUAUUAAGAGCAUGGAGGAAACUAUACAUAAUUCCAUUAAAAGUAUGUGUUCUAGAAGAGCGCCAAGUGUUUGCCGGCAGACGACCCCACAAGAGCGCGCAGCAGCAACAAAGAUCGUGGCAUAUGCCAAAGGUUUCCUCGUGCGCAGACUGAUGCGCACGGAACGCGUGCAGGGCACCGUUCAGACUAUCAAAGACGCGUUGUUAUGCGCGCUGCAGUUGCAUCAGGAUCGCGAGGGUAUCAGAGGGGCUGAUGUUGAUUUACAUAGGCGCUUGAUUCAGCAGAUAACAGCAGCGUGCUACUCUCUCCACGAUACAUUUAUUACGAGCACUGCUGCUGAGCGCUGCGCCAUGAUUAAUGCAGAUCGCGGCCGAAGACGCUCACUAGCCAACCGCCCACCUAUAAGGCAACAUCGACCUACGGAUCUUAUGUCACAAAGUCACUGCGGUGCGUUUCCCGCGCGCAGCAAGCGAUCGACGAACGCGUCGCUUAUGACUCAAUCCAAUUAUGAGACUUUUAGCGGCGACAAGAGCAGCGUACGCCACUAUAUGCCGAGCCCGCGACGUCGGCCAUGGCGCUGA